CCUCCUGGCAAUGUGACUGAUUGACCGGACCGGUGGAUGAACAGUAAAGAUUAAGGGGAUGAGUAACUAACAGGCAGCAUGUGCUUACACAGCGCUAGGGGCUAAUCCUGCCCCCACCGGUGGUCCCCGCUGUCCUCCCUUUAGAGGCGCUGCCGCCACCCAGAACCCGCAGACACACACAGCGCCGGCCCGGUGACAGGACCGAGGGAGACAACGGCCAUAACCGUUGGCAACAGACCUCCAUUGUUAUCGGCCGAAGCCACAGCCAUCCCAGAGAGCAUCCAGGAUCUGAGAGGGCUUGAGGGGCCGUUGCCGAGGGUUCCACGGGAAGGAAAGAGGCGAACGCUGCCCUCCACCGACUGGGUGACCACAGGGAACAAACCGGCCAGCCACCCCCCAGCCCCCCCCCACCCCACCACCAGUCUGACUGAGGACGCCAGGAGGCCGACGGUGUCAGGGGUUACCAACCAUCAAAACUUUUUAAGGGCUUCUGACGCAUCAUCGUCACUGACAGCCAGGACAGCCAUCCUUCCAGAGAACAGCCAACGACCAGCGGGGCGUGUUGACGGAAUAUACCUUUCCAGCUGUUUAAACUCUUGAUUCCGCCGGGCAGGAAGCUUGUGUCCACGGUUACGCACCAUCAGGACAUCAUUGGUGAAUAGUAUGGAGGAGCACCUGUCUAAGAUCCCUGGAGGACCCAUGCUCCCCUCCUCCUCCUCCAGUGACUCAGGGAGCAGUUGUACAGACGACAGCCGAGGAGCCAAGAGCCCGGCCCCGGGCAAAGCCCUCAGUCCAGCCCUGCUCUGCAAGGUGUGCGGGGACAGCAGCAGUGGGAAACACUACGGCAUCUACGCCUGCAACGGCUGCUCCGGCUUCUUCAAGCGCAGCGUCAGACGGAGACUCAUAUACAGGUGUCAGGCAGGGACCGGCAUGUGUCCGGUAGACAAGGCUCACCGGAACCAGUGCCAAGCCUGCAGGCUGAAGAAAUGCCUCCAGGCUGGCAUGAACAAAGACGCUGUCCAGAACGAGCGUCAGCCCCGCAGCACGUCUCAGGUGCGUCUGGACUCCAUCGACAUAGACACGGACAAGGAGCACCUGGCCACCACGCGAGAGCCCACCUCCUCCUCCUCCUCCUCCUCUUCCUCGUCCGCCUGUUCAGUGAUCACGCGGCCCCACUUCAGCUCCUCCUCCAUCAGCUCCUCUGCGGCCCCCCCACAGCGCUGUGCUCCCCCCAGCCCUCAGAACAACCACCGCUUCAUGGCCAGCCUGAUGACAGCAGAGACCUGUGCUAAACUAGAGCCAGAGGACGUUGACGAGAACAUCGACGUGACCAGUAACGAGCCGGAGCGGGCGUCGUCGGAGUACCACAUGUCCCUGUACCCCUCCAGUACAGAGAAUGUGUACGAGACGUCGGCCCGUCUCCUCUUCAUGUCGGUCAAAUGGGCCAAGAACCUGCCUGUGUUCUCCAAUCUGCCCUUCAGGGACCAGGUGAUCCUGCUGGAGGAGGCGUGGUCAGAGCUCUUCUUGCUGUGUGCCAUCCAGUGGUCCCUCCCUCUGGACAGCUGUCCUCUGCUCUCCCUGCCCGACUUGUCUCCCACCAUGCAGAGCAAGACAUCCUACACCAGCGUGGAUGUCCGUCUGCUCCAGGAGGUCUUCAGCCGCUUCAAAGCCCUGGCUGUCGACCCCACGGAGUUCGCCUGUCUCAAAGCCAUAGUCCUCUUCAAACCAGAGACCCGAGGUCUGAAGGACCCAGAGCAGGUGGAGAACCUCCAGGACCAGUCCCAGGUGAUGCUGGGUCAACACAUCAGAUCCCACUAUUCCAGUCAACCUGCUAGAUUUGGGAAGCUCCUCCUACUUCUGCCCUCUCUGCGUUUCGUCAGCUCUGAGCGGAUCGAACUCCUCUUCUUCCACAGAACCAUUGGUAACACCCCUAUGGAGAAGCUACUCUGUGACAUGUUCAAGAACUAAGACUCUCAAGACCCAAAAUGGAGGCCCAGCUUCUGCCGGGACCAGUGUGAUAAAGAUGAGAUAGGAACUGGUGGUCUAUGGGAGAAACCUUUGUUAUUUACGUGUAUUCGGCGGGAGUGUAGGGCUGUUUGUGGUCAUAUGGCGACUCGCCGCAGGUUAAGUUGCUAAGAGACACCAAGAGUCUGCAUGUGAGGAAAUGUUGUAAAUAUUGUACUGCCGCCGCUGUAAAAUAGCGUUGAAAACUAGAAUGUUCUGCUUUUUAUGUACUUUUAUGUACCGCUGUGUGUUUUGAACUAGACACGUGUAAACAUUUAUUUACAUAUCCUUACCGUGGACAUAGAAUUGAAAAACACAUAUUUUCUGUGUAAAAAAGUGUUUGAAAUGCUCUCUAGCUAUCCAACAUGUAUUUUUUUAAGGAUUCAAUGUAAUAUACUGUGUUGGUGUAAUCUGUGUGGUGCUAGAUAUCAUAGUGUACAUUCAUGCUUUCACAAAUGUGUGCUGUAUUCAAUGCCUUCAUAAAUUGAAACACGCUUUC